AUGAUUCAAAGCUNUCUCUUUGACCCAGUUCAAGUGCCCUCCCCCGGCUACGUCAACGAAGUGAGCAGCUGCAAGUUAGAUGGAGACGGGACUGUUAAGUUAAAAGGCAAGCAGAGCAGCGAAGUCCUGGUGCAUAAAAAUGAGAUUCCCAGAGAGGCCUUGAGGAGGACGGUGAGCAGAAGCAGAAAAGCUGGUCCACAGGAGCCCUGCUGGCCUCACCAAGGAUCACUCCCUCAAGGGGACACGGGAGAGGGACACUAUGCAGUGAGGACUGGCGGUACCAUCAAUGGCAUUGGCCCCACUGCCACUCUGCAGCCCACCGGGGAUCCCGGGCCCCACCAGGGUGGCUGCGGUUCCUGGGCCAGUACCGCAAACAGCAUGCACCCGAUUCAACCCUUCCUCGAUGGCGGGGGCGCCGGGGGACAGGACUGUGUGCUGCCGGACUCAGAGGAGACCCGAGUCAUCCAAAAUGGGGAGACUCGAGCCCCUUCCGAGGCAGAAUGCCCUGCCGUGGAAGUACAAGACCAUGUCCUCCAGAUACCGGCCCCGGAUUACCCUCAGCGUUGGGGCUCAGCUGGAGACAACGUGGAUCACGGAGAAAAGGAUUGUCUUUUCAAGAGCCAUGCUGAGCAGGAGCCCCUGGAGGGAGAGCGCCCCGGGGUGGGGGAGCAGGGGUGGAACAUGCCCUUCUCCGUGAAGAGAAGCUGGGAUUCACUAAACGAGGCUGUGGCCGCAGAGGUCCUUAGCGUCUACUUUAAAGAGGACCCUGCCCAGGCCGUGCCGGUGGCAGAUUCGAGAAACGGGUCCGAGGAUGCCCACGGCUCCCCUGGAGACACGAGUGGGGAGAUGGCGGACGAGGACGCGGAGGUGGCAGAAGCCCUCGCAGCUCUAGAAGCGGCUACUGCAGGAGAGGAUGUGGACGAGGGGGAUUAGGGCAGGCGCUUUACGCAGGUGAAGGAGCUGGUGUCACGCAGGCGUUUCCAGGCGUGUUUGCUCCCUAGACGCUGAGCUGAUUCUCUGUGGCGUGCACGAGGGGCCGCCUUACCUGUUGUUUACAGCCAGCAUCUGUUCCGAUGAUUGUGAGUUUGUUAAAUAGUGAGAGCAUCCCUGUGGAGACGGGCUAUCACUCAGGACAUGAGAAAUAAAAUCAGAGUAGGUCAUGGUGCCGGUGUCUAGAAGUUAAACAGCCUGCUGCCAACCCACAAAGCUUCCCCUCCACCCAGCCCCGGGAGCACCUGGUACAGGUGUUCUUGAGGAUGCUCUGAAACCCCAGCGCUUAACCCCAAGAGCACAGAC